AUGUUCUUCAAAGGAAGAACCUGGCUUUGGUUAUACAUCACAACAGGAAUCAUUCUAGGAAGUGAGCUGGAUAGCCCAGAGCACCGUGGAGAACAUAAUUGUUAUCAGCUUAGCAGGUUUCAUUGCAGCUUUCAGGAAGCAGAAGAUUACUGUCAUGCUCAGGGAGGACACCCUGCUUUCACUUGGAACCAGGAGGUUCAAGACCUCCUCCGGGACUUUCUGGAAGAAGGAAGGAAGUGGUGGGUUGGGGAAAAUUUAACGCUGCUGGGAAAACACCAAGAAAAAAACAACCCAGCAGAUGUCACAGCCCACUGGGCCCCCACGCCCACCUGCAUUUACCUGUUCCGAAACCCCAGUCGGAUCUCGUCAAAAGUGGACUUGUGCUCACUGGGGCAUUAGUUCAUUUGCCAGGCUGAUGCCUUUUCAGACCAAGAUGCCAGUUAUGAAAGAAAUGGGAGUAAUUCUCAUUCAUAUUGGAAACCCAAGAGGACAAAAAGAAGUCACAAUACCGAGAAACAAAAUGACCUCAGUCCAAGACCCCGCGCCAUUCCAUCAGCCCGUUUCCUUCAAUACCACCUGGAGGCACACAGCAGGGAGUAUCGGUCACGCCUGUACCUACCAGCCAGCCGCUCCCUGUGCCACCAGAGCUCACCAGGCCUGGAUCUACUUCAAGCCCCAAAAAGGACACACAUUCCAGGUGUCUUCACUACUCAUCCACAAGCAUCAUUUCAGAGCACAUCUGAUCAGGUGGGUGUCAUCGAUGCACUUAUUGACCUGAAUGAGCAGCUACUGCAGAGCCCAUUUCCGAACAGCAGCAACCUGGGCUCCAGAAUGCCUGUGACUGUCUGCCUCUUUCACUCCCUCAACAACAUAACGAAAACUAGUGAAGCAAGUCAGCAAAGACCCAAGGACGACACUGAGCAGGUAGAAAAUACACUGAACAUGUCCUUGCUGAGCCUCAGGAGGAUCCAGGAAGCGUUUCUACAGCAGAAUGGUUCUGAGUCCGCAGUGACUCUGACCUCUUUCGCUGCUACCCUGUUGCUGAGCAGGCAAAACAUAUCAACUUUGCCUCUGAGCUCUUACACCUUCGGUUCCCCAGCACCUGUGAGGUUAGGCUUUCCAUCAGCGUCAGUCUUGGAGCAGCUCUUGAAUAAACACCCAGGAGUUAACAUCCAAGUGAUAACAGGACUAGCUUUCAAUCCCUUCAGAGAUUUUGAUGACAAGAAGUUUGUUGGAAGCAUCGGAAGUGUGUUACUAAGCUCUAAUCAUAAGUUGCUCCAAGUCCAUGAUUUAAUGGAAGAUAUCAAUAUCGUGCUAUGGAGAAACGCGAGCACGGGCACCCAUCCCACCAGCCUCAACGUGAGUGCAGACUAUUUUACUAUCACAGUGAAUGUCACUUCCCUGGAGAAAUCCCUCAUAGUGUGCGUGGAGCCUGAAAGCCCCGUUUCAGUGACGCUCUACCUGGGGUUCCAGCAACAGCCUAACCACACACACUUCCACCUGAACCUCUCCCUGCCAAAGGAGGAGGUGUCACAGAAAGAUGAGCCGUAUACACGGUUGCUGACUCCAGAGAGCCUGCAGGAUGGGGUUGGCACCUACUACAUAACAGCCCUGUUGCAGAGAGGCAAGGAGGGUGCCCAGCAGACGCCCGCCCUGCUCUCGGUGGUCACUGCCGUCACCCAGCGUUACUUCUGGGACAGCGGCAACAGCACGUGGAGGAGCCGCGACGCCAGGGUCACCCCUGUCCGGAGUUUGGUUGGGCCACAGAGCACACUUUUGAGGACACAGUGUCUGUGUAACCACCUGACCUACUUUGGCGACAAUUUCUUUAUUGUGCCUCGGACAGUGAAUGUGGAAGACACAGUUGACCUGUUCUUUCGCGUGACCAGCAACACCAUUGGGGUGUCCCUGCUGGCCAGCCUUAUUGGAGUCUAUAUGCUCAUAUUUGUGUGGGCUUGGAGAAAGGACCAAGCAGAUAUGCAGAAGGUGAGGGUCACUGUCCUGGCCGAUAAUGACCCCAGCUUUCAAUUCCACUACCUUAUUGAGGUCUCCACGGGCUGUCGAAGAAGGGCUGCUACAACAGCUAACGUGGUUAUCACCCUUUAUGGAUCAGAGCGGCAGAGCGAGCCCCAUCGUCUUUGUGACUCCCAGAAAGCAGUCUUUGAACGAGGGGGACUGGAUGUCUUCCUCCUGGGCACUCCGUCUUCUCUGCGGGAAUUACACAGCCUGCAGCUCUGGCAUGACAGUUCUGGCAUCAGCCCUUAUUGGUAUAUAGGCAUGUAAAUUGUCACUGACAUGGCAGGUAAAAGGAAAUGGCAUUUCCUGUGCAAUUGUUGGCUGGCCAUGGACCUUGGAGACUGUGAGCGUGACUGGAUCUUCAUACCGGUCUCAAAGAAGGAGCUCUUUUCCUUUAGACACCUGUUCUCCUCCAUGAUUGUAGAAAAUUUCACCCAGGAUUGUCUGUGGCUCUCAGUCACAGCUUGACAUCCCCGGACCCAGUUUACAAGAGUCCAGCGGCUCACCUGCUGCAUGACCCUCCUUCUCUGCAACAUGGUCACCUAUGUCAUGUUCUAGAAGAUGAACGGCACCACCACCAAGAGACGUGAGCAAGCUGUGGGUGAGCCCUGAUGUGUGCCCGGGCCCAUAUGUGCUGUGACCUGGUCUGAACUGCUCGUCAGCAUCCAAACUGCUGUCAUCCUUUUCCCCGUCAGUCUUGGGAUUGGGCGGCUUUUCCCGUUGAUUCAACCACAGGAACCUCUACCUCUCCUUCCUCCCAUCCAGGCCUCCUGCCUCUCAGAUGCUUCUUUUGAGCCUCUCUCUCUCACAGCGAUAGUUGAGGAAUUAAAGGAAACUGUGGGAUUCCUGCUCAGGAGAAAUACCUACUCUGAGUGUGAACAGUCUUCAUGGAGUCUUUCUUACAACAUUAACCAGCUGGUGAAGCUUUUAUCCAGCCUCGUCUGUUCUUACUUCGAGGGUCAAGGCCGUCACCAGUGGGCGGGACCCUACCGGGCAAAUGUGGUUCCUGAAAACCACCGUCAUUUCCACAGUUACCUAAUCAGAGUUCUGCAGAGGCUCCAAUCUCACUUAGGCACACUGGGUCCCGCCCAGGCCCAUCAGCCUUGUGACUUCCUAGAUGCAGUCAGCCAACUGCAAAAACUCCAGGAACGGUUGGAAACGCGCAUUCUUCCCACAGAGCAAGGGCCAUCCAGGUAAUGCAUCGCCCCAGGCUUUCUUUAUCACCUGUAAUCUUCCUAAACCUCCCAGAAGGGAAGCAAGCCCAUCUCUAAUGCCCGGCUCAGAUGGUUGACUUACUUCUGCUGGCUCCUGCUGGGGGUCACUAACCUGGCCUCAGCCUUUUUUACAGCACUUUAUAGCCUGGAACUGAACAAAGACCAAGCCACCAGCUGGGUUAUUUCGAUAUUAUCAUUGCUUCAGAACAUCUUCAUCACCAGUAAAGAUAUUUUCUCCUCUGACUUUCCUGUCUAGGUGAUCUUCCUCACAUUGUUUUACUCACUGCUGCUGAACAGGAUGCUGUGGCUUCACAAAGAGAAGGAACAUCAAACCAAGAGGAUCUUGGCACUCUUGGCAAGAUGUCCUUCAUCAUUACCCGGUUCAAGAGAUGAAAACAACCCCAUCUACGUAGCCCCAGCUAUGAAUGGUCCAGUUAAGCGCCCAGAAAGAACCUUGAAAGAGAAGAAAUGCUUCAAGUUGACAGGAGAUGUUUUGGUACAAAUACUUUUCCUUAUCCUGUUGAUGACUGCAGUCUACUCAGCACACAACUCCAAUAGAUUUUACCUCCGUCAAGCUAUCCACCAGAGCUUUCCUUACCGUUUCUCAGAGAUCAAACUUCUUAACCAUUUCUACUCCUGGGCCAGUAGCACCCUCCUUCCUAACCUGUACAGGGAUUACAGAGGUAAGAACACAGUCCUGGGGCCCAGCCCUGCAAAUGUGGGGUGCAGUUGGUUUUUCAAACGCCCCUGCAGUAAGUAACCCAUUAGAACAAUGGAGAAAGGUCUGCUGGCUUUUUCAAUAUUACUGCACCUCUGUGGGCACCCAAAGGUCCACUCCCAGGGCCCCAUCUAAGCAGGUUCAGGUUUACGUCUGUUCACCCAAGGGUGAUCAGGCCCAUGAAGGCUGAUUCCCACUGAUGAGUUUCACAAGAGGCUGAUAAACAAAAUUGAGAAUUUAUUCACUAACAACAUGAAAAGAAUUUUGCAGUUUCAGUUUAACCUGCUGUUUGGAUGGAGCAUCUCUGACUACCGAACUUUUCUCAGUUCAGCAGUGACUGUUGUUGGUCUCCUGAUGGGAAUCUCUCAUCACAAGGAGGUUAUUGCUUUAAACCCAGUCCUGGGCUCCUUUCUUACCCUCCUCACCAGUGUCGUUUUGAUGGUACUCGUGAUCAUUAACCUUUUUGUUUCUGCCAUUUUAAUGGCCUUUGGUAAAGAAAGAAAGUCCUUUAAGAAAGAAGCUGCACUGGUGGAUAUGCUGCUACUGAAGCUCUCAAGUUUGUCAGGAAAACAGCAGCACCAGAACACAUGUAAGUAA